UAUAAAUCAAAUGGAGUGGGGCAUAUAUGUUGGGUUGAUUAAGAUCAUUGAUUGAUUCAGCAUCCAUAAUUAGCAACCUUAAACCUCCCCUGCUUCCAUUUCAAAUUGUGAUGCCAUUGUCAAUAAUAUAACCCAUAAUGUUGUUUCUGUUUGGGUGUUUGAAACCGCUGAACUGGUGAGCACAGAGACCAAGAAAAAGGAGAGAGAGAGCAUGAUAAAUAGCACCGAAGACAAUUACUGAAGAACAGAAGCAAACAGUUUAAGGCAUUAAACUAAGGAACCCCCUUUUGCGUUUUAUGCUCAAAGCUACUGUCUUUCCCAUCGAAAGCUUCCAAUUUGGGUUAUAUGUUCACCGUAUAACCCCUUCUUGUCUGAAAACUCUCCAUAUCUCGAGAAUGGGAGACAAAGAGGUAAAAGAAGAACUCAAACCCAUCAUCCAAUGGAAGAAACAAAAAGGUGGAUUCAGGGCUUGCAUGUUUAUUUUUGUCUUGUCAGCAUUGGACAACAUGGGAUUCGUGGCAAACAUGGUGAGCUUAGUCCUAUACUUUUAUGGGGUGAUGCGCUUUGAUCUGUCCAGCUCUGCCAACACACUGACAAACUUUAUGGGUUCAACUUUCUUGCUCUCCCUUGUUGGUGGUUUCAUCUCAGAUACUUACUUGAACAGAUUAACCACAUGCUUGCUUUUUGGAUCACUCGAAGUUAUGGCUUUGGUGCUUCUCACGGUUCAAGCUGCUUUAGACCAUUUACACCCAGAUGCUUGUGGCAAGUCAAGCUGUGUCAAAGGUGGUGUAGCUGUAAUGUUUUACACAUCAUUGUGUUUGUAUGCAUUGGGUAUGGGUGGAGUCAGAGGAUCGAUGACUGCAUUGGGUGCUGACCAAUUUGAUGAAAAGGAUCCAAUUGAAGCAAAAGCUCUUGCAACCUUUUUUAAUUGGCUUUUGCUCAGUACAACCUUGGGAUCAAUUAUAGGGGUUACGGGUGUUGUGUGGGUUAGCACCCAAAGAGCUUGGCACUGGGGCUUUUUCAUAAUAACUAUAGCUUCCUCCAUUGGCUUUGUGAUCCUUGCUCUUGGUAAGCCAUUUUACCGCAUCAAAACUCCUGGUGAAAGCCCCAUUUUAAGAAUUGCUCAGGUUAUUGUUGUGGCUUUUAAAAACCGAAAGCUACCACUGCCAGAGUCUCGUGAAGAGCUUUAUGAGGUCUAUAAAGAUGCUACAGUAGUAGAGAAGAUUGCACACACCAACCAGAUGAGGUUUCUAGAUAAAGCAACCAUUCUUCAAGAAAACUUUGAACCCCAGCCUUGGAAGGUCUGCACAGUGACACAAGUUGAAGAAGUGAAGAUCCUUACCAGAAUGUUACCCAUUAUAGCCAGUACAAUUAUAAUGAACACUUGUCUAGCUCAGCUUCAAACAUUCUCAGUCCAGCAAGGGAAUGUAAUGAACCUAAAACUUGGUUCUUUUACAGUGCCUGCAGCAUCCAUUCCUGUUAUCCCCCUUCUCUUCUUGUGCAUCCUGAUUCCCAUUUAUGAAUUCUUCUUUGUGCCAUUUGCACGAAAGAUCACUCACCACCCUUCAGGUGUUACACAACUUCAACGAGUUGGUAUGGGGCUGGUACUUUCCUCCAUUUCAAUGACAAUAGCUGGGUUUGUAGAAGUAAAAAGAAGGGACCAAGGAAGAAAGGACCCAUCAAAGCCCAUAAGUCUAUUUUGGCUAUCCUUCCAAUUUGCUAUAUUUGGAAUUGCAGAUAUGUUUACAGCUGUAGGACUCCUAGAAUUCUUUUACAGAGAAGCACCUGCAACCAUGAAAUCACUGUCAACUUCUUUCACAUGGUUAUCCAUGUCUCUUGGUUACUUCAUGAGUACAGUCUUUGUCAAUGUCAUUAAUACUGUUACCAAAAGGAUCACUCCAAGCAAACAAGGAUGGUUGCACGGGUUCGAUUUGAAUCAAAACAACCUGAACUUGUUCUUUUGGUUCUUAGCAAUCCUGAGCUGCCUUAACUUUUUUAACUUCCUUUAUUGGGCCUCUUGGUACAAGUACAAAACAAAAGACUACAAUUCAAAGUCAAACUUGAAGGGUGAGGCUGAAACAACACCUCUCAAAAUGUUUGAUGAGGAAGCCAAGAGAGAUGGAAGCACCCAGAAUUCGAGAAUCAAGGCCAAAGAAAGCAGCCAAACCAGUGAAGCCAAUAGUGAGGGACCCUCUUCUUCUGACGAGACAGAAGAAGAUGGCAAAGAAAAGGAAAGAAACUGUAGAGAAUGGAAGCACUGAUAAUAAGGUCAGGAGGCUCAAGACACGAUUUGAUGUUAAGGACUAAAGAUAUUAUAAGCAUGGGAUGUGGAUUCAUAUUUCUCUUAUCCUACGUGUGUGCUUGUAUGAUUGAUGGGUAGGUAGGUACUGUUGUCUCUGGCACUAUCUAAUAUCUAUGCGUCUGUGUGUGUGCAAAGUCAAAGGUUUUUUUUUUUUUUUUUCUUUUAUCAUAUAAGUUUAUUCACCUGCACUUGUAAU